AUGGAAGAAGCAACAAAAGUGAAUUCUGAUGACCUUCUUAUUAAGGAUGAUAUGGAUAAAGAAGAGGAGGAUACAACAUUUGAUGGUGGAUUUGUUAAAGUUGAGAAAGAAGGGAUCGACACAAAGUAUGAUGAUGAGAAGCGAAUUUCGAUCGAAAGAAGCUCAAGUGGUUCACAAAGAGAAUUACAUGAAUCGCAAGAAAAGGCGAAAAAUUUGGUGCUCGAAUUGGAAAAAGUAACAGGGGAAUUGAAACGGUAUGAAUCUGAGAGUACCCUUUUGAAAGAUGAGCUUUUCUUUACGAUAGGGAGAUUAGAAGAAACCGAAAAGAAGCACGAAGAGCUUGAAGUUGUCCAAAAGAAGCUGCAAGAGAAAAUUUCUGAAGGUGAAGACAGACAAAGAACACAUUUGAAGUCUUUGGAAGAUGCUUUGCAGUCGCAUGAUGCUAAACAUAAGGAAUACCAAGAAAAGGUAACUAAACUGGAAUCGUCUCUGAGCCAAACAUCGGCGAGAAACUCAGAGCUUGAAGAAGAUUUGAGAAUUGCUUUGCAGAAAGGUGCAGAGCAUGAAGAUCUUGGAAAUGUCAUUUCUCUACGCAGCCUUGAGCUAGAAGCUCUGUUCCAACUAUCGCAAUCGAAAUUAGAGAAAGCAGAGGAAAAACUGAAAGACUUUGAGACAUUCCAAGUGAAAAACACGAGUCUUGAAGUUCGUUUAAGCGAGGCGAUGGAGAAGCUGAAAUCCGCAGAAGAGAGACUUGAGAAGCAAGCAAGAGAAAUAGAUGAAGCUACCACAAGAAGUAUAGAGCUUGAAGCUUUGCAUAAACAAUCAGAGGUUAGAAUCCAAAAGGCAGAUACAGAGGUCAAGUCUUCGAACGAGAAAUCGAAAGAUCUCGCAGAGAGAAUAAGAUUAGACGAAGAGAAGUUAGCUGAAGCAUCUGGUCAAUCGCUUUCUUUGAAAGAAGAACUCGAUCAAUCGUUCUCGGAGAACGAAUUACUAGCAGAUACAAACAACCAGCUCAAGCUGAAGAUUCAAGAACUCGAGGGAUAUCUAGAUUAUGAGAAAGAAACCGCAAUGAGACAGACCGAAGAAGCAACCGAAAGGUUUAAUCAGAGAGACAUAGAAGCUAAAGACUUGAUUACAAAGUUGAAAUCCCAUGAAAAUGUAAUCGAGGAGCAUAAAAGACAGGUCUUUGAAGCAUCUGGAGUUGCGGAUACUAGAAAAAUGGAGCUAGAAGAGGCGCUAUCGAAACUGGAGACUCUCGAAGCGACAAUCAAAGAGCUUGAGAAAGAAAAUGGAGAUUUGGCUGAUGUGAAUUUAAAGAUAAAUCAGGAACUAGCCAAUCAAGGGUCAGAGACCAGCGAUUUGGAGACAAAGGUCUCUGCUUUAGAGGCAGAGAAAGACGAAAUAGCCAAAGAGCUUCAUGCUUCAAAAACAGUCAUAGAGAAUCUGACGAACCAGCUUACUUCUGAAGGAGAAAGAUUACGAUCACAGAUUUCAUCCCUUGUAGAAGAGAAUAACCAAGUCAAUGAGAUGUAUCAGAGCACAAAGAAUGAGCUCGUAAAGCUUCAAGAACAACUCGAAGUAGAGAAGUCACAAAAGUAUUCGGAGUUGGAGGCUACUUUGAAGAAAUCACAAGAAGAGCUUGAAGCUAAGAAUAGUAUGAAUGUUCUUCUCGAAUCACUUUACAAAGAGCUUGAACACAAAGUGCAGCUUGCAGAUGCUAAAUCUAAGAAACCAAACCUGCAGGAAACCGAGUCUACGGGAAAAGAAGAAGUUGAAGUGAAAUCUCGAGAUAUUGACGUAUCAUUUACAACUCCAAAGAAACGUAAGAGCAAGAAAGAGUCAGAUGAUUCUCCUUCACAUUCGUCUUCUUCAGGAAACGUUACCAUUCAGAAAACUGAAACAUCGCAUCUCAUGACAUUGAAGAUUGUACUUGGAGUUGCUCUUGUGUCUAUCAUUAUAGGUAUCAUUCUUGGGAAAAAGUAUUAA